AUGUAUAUUCGCAGCCGCGAGGAGGUCAUAAUGCGUAUCUACCGCCGCGAUGGGGUGUCCAAGCAGACUAAACCGCCAACAAAAAACCUCGAGGACGAUAAGGACGGGAUCAGCUUCAUGCUUGCCGGUUACCCGCGGUACCGGUGUCCGUAUGUCUGGCCCAAGACGGACCACGAAUCGCUCCUACAUACUGGCCGCAACCAGCGCCUGGGGCGCGACCUGCCGCUGAAGAUGGAGACGGUUGAGACGUGGCGGGUGUUUGACAUCCGGCCCUGGGAUAUUUUGGUAGAGCUCAUAGUUACUGCGGUGAACCCACCCCCGGAGAACCCGUUCCUGGUGGACCACGACUACUUCGAUGCACUGCCAAUUGAGGAACGUGUGGUAGUGACUGGCGCGAUGCUGGAGUUCCAGCGCCGGAUCUACCUGAGACACUACUACUCAGCAAACAUGCAUAGGCACUUCCGCGACAUCAACACACUGCGCGAGUACCAGCAGUCUAUGUCAUUCCGUGAAACAAAGUCGUGA